UUUGGUAGUGCCCAUCUCUCAAUUCAACCUGCUGUUGGUGAUCACAUAAGUACCUAUCUAAAGUGGAUGGAGAAACACAUUGGCGCGGGGUAGCUACAUACAACAAUGACCCGCCGUCUUCUUCGGCAUGAAGACUGGCAAGACUAAAUAUUGGCCGGUAGCUAUUCAAAAUCGUCUUGGCCUGAUGAAAGAGCAGCAGAUGAUCUGAGGUGCCUACCCCUCUCCCUACAUGUAUGUAUACGUACCUAUGUACUUACCAUAGGUAUCUACAUAUCUACACCUGGGCAGUAGAUACUUCCAAGUUUGCAUGUGAGUAACGGGUAACUACAUGUAUAUGCCUACCUUCAUAUGUACCUACCUAUACCUACCUUAUGUAGGUAGUACUUACCUACUCGCCCGAACCUAACUACCAAUACCUAUCCGCUGUUUCAAACUACCUACGGCCAUACAUCCAGCUUCUUCUGCCUGUCUAGGCUCGAGCAGCUAGGUUAGAACUGCAUUGGCCUGCUCGUCCGCCACCUGCACAUCCGUCAGCAUGGCUGCCGACAUUCCAAUCAUCGAUUCUCACAUUCAUUUGUACCCCGAGUCCGAAUUGUCUACCUUGUCUUGGUGUUCCCCGGAGAACCCACUGGCGGGACAGCACUCUGUCCAAGAGUACAGGGCCGCCUCGGCCAGUUCACCCCCGCGUGGCUUCAUUUUUGUCGAGACGGAUCGCAAGAAUGACCUCGAUACCGGCGUCAAAGACGGCAGUGGCUGGGAGUGCCCGCUAAUGGAGGUCUCAUGGCUCAAGCGUAUCAUCACCGGCCAGCCGAAGCCCGGCGAGGGGCAUGCCAAAGAAGACCAAUCGUUAUGUGCUGCCUAUAUCCCUUGGGCUCCCUUGCCAAGCGGUCCUUCAGCCAUGGAGACGUACAUCAAGCUUGUAGAGAAGGAGGCCGGCGAGAGCUGGCCCAAAGUCAGGGGCUUCAGGUACUUGCUGCAAGACAAGCCCAAUGGCACUAUGCUGCAAGAAGAGUUCAUCGAGAGCUUGAAGUUGCUUGGCCGCGAGGGUUUCGUGUUUGAGUUAGGCGUUGACCAACACCGACGUGGUCGAGGGCAGCUUGAAGAGGUUGUCGAGAUGAUUGAUCGUGCGCACGAAGGCGUACCCGAGGAUGAGAAGGUCGUGUUCAUCAUCAAUCAUAUGUGCAAGCCCGACUUGGAAGUUUACAACACACACACAAGCACAUCAUUCAUCGCGUGGCGUACUGCCAUGUUUACACUCAGCAAGGCUAGCCGCACGUACAUGAAAGUGUCAGGCGGGUUCUCUGAGAUGCCCGAUUCGCUGAAGCAGCGAGCACCGGAAGAGAUUUUCGAGGCCUUCACGCCGUGGCUUACCAUCAUAGUUGCUGCUUUUGGUGCAGACCGUAUCAUGUUCGGCAGCGACUGGCCCGUGUGCACAGUUGGUGUCGGUGAUGCGGCCUGGGAGAAAUGGAAGAAGAUUGUUGAGCGUUUGUGCUGGAUGGCUUCAUUUGACGACGAGCAGAAGAAGAUGAUUUGGGGCGGAACAGCAUCGAAGGCCUAUGGAAUCGAAUUUUGACUGUGUGGAUAUAGAGAGUGAAGUUCAAAAAUGCGCCGCUACACUUGAAGAGGUAUCGAGCUAGAAUGUGCUCAGAACUAUUCUAGUUC